GGUCUAAAAUUAAACAUCGUAACUGCGGAGUUCGAAUUUGAAAAAGAAAAUGGCGACGAAUAUGUGUCAAAGUAACAGUUUUGUGUAAAAUGUUUCCUUGUUAUGUAGAGCUUAACAGAUGUAAUGAGUGAGAAGUCUAUAGGGGCGAAAAGCAAACCGCCUGACAAGCAAGAGGCCACAACGGACGGAAAUGCCCCCAAUUCAAAAGAAAAGGUCGUUAAUAAUCUAAACGAAAAUGCCUGCGGCGAUAAGUCCGAGGUGCCAAAAAUAUCGGACAAACCGAAAGUGUUCGAGAGAAAAUCAGAAGCGCGACCAAACAUGAAAAUUAACACAAGUAGCAGGAAUGGGAAGCUCAAAAGAGAGGAUGACAAACGUUCUUCUUAUCCAGUCAGCAGAGGUUCUCAUUCCCGAGGUCGACAUUAUGAAAAAUCGGACUCACGAACAUAUCAGUCUUCAUCCUACAAAUCCGAAGCCAAGAGAUCAGAUUCAACCAAGGCUUUCACAGAUGACUCAAGACUUUCAAAGUACAUAAGGAGAGUCGUACGAGAUGGUGAUAAGGAAAGACGAAUCUCCUCAGCCAAGCAGCUGCGAGACUACCUCCGAACUUCUGAUGGAGUCAAGAGUGUCUACAAAGUAUCAGAAGAUGCAUGGACAUCGCUACAAGAUGUAUUUUAUGAGAGGCCUUCCUUGUGUCCAAGAGAAGUGAAAGUUGAGGUAGCAAAGUGUGUAGGGAUCAUUGGAGGAAUCAUGGGGCAUGACUCACAGAGGUACUUCCAGUGGCUGUUUGGUCAGACCAACAACAUGGUGGAUGACGACAUACGCUCCCUGUUCAUUGAUGCUCUCCAUGAAACUCUGCGCUAUGAUGAGAAGAAACAAGCAACUGGGGGUCUAAUGCCGAUGGUGAUGGCAAAUGUUCAGACACUGCUAGAGAAUGCUGACACUCCAGAUCUACUGAACUCAGUCGUCAAUGUGAUCCUCCACAUUGCUAAGAACUACCCCAAUGUUUUUACCUCACACUUCAGGGACACCGUGGACAUUCUGGUGGGCUGGCACAUCGACUCCACCCAGAAGGACAGCCUGAUUGAGUUCACCUCCAAUGCUCUGAUCGAGUUCCACAGAUACUGGGUCAACGACAUCUCGUUCUCCACCACACUGCUGGGCCAGUUCCUGGAGGACAUGGAGGCCUAUGCUGAGGACUUGGCCUAUGGCUGUGGGGAUCAGACCUACCCUGACGAGGAGGUCCCCAUCCCAGAGGAUUGCAUCAUCAAGAUCGGGGCCCUGCUGAAGGUGUUCACAACAGUGGUUAGGAGCAUGGGGGUGGAGUUCUCUCCCAGCAAACAAAUCACACGGGAGUACAUCACACAGAUACUGGACAGAAUCACUAAGAGUGUGGACACGGCCACCAGACAUUACUUCUCUGAGUACAUGGUGAUUGAAGCGAACACAUGUAUCCUGAUUCUGAUUGGUCAGCUGCGGUCGGAGGCGGUCCACAGCGAGGAGCACCUGCUGCCGUUCCUGCUGUACCAGAUCUUCACCGACAGGCUGGUCUCCUACCGCUUCAUCUCCUCCAUGCUCACCGUUUGUCAGAAGGUGAUCGAGACGUUUGGGACCCAGUUACCUGUGAACUUUGUCAGUCAGCUGUUUGCUCCGGGGUCCAUGCUACAGAAGUACAGGUUCUGUCACAGUGAACAGAUCAUUCAACAAAUGCUGGCCCUGUAUCACGAUGUCAUGGCUCUAAAAAGUGUGCCACUUUUGGAGGAGUCCUUUAAGUAUGUAGUAGGAGAUCUACAGCAAGCUUUUAACACUUUGCUCCAGGCAGCUGGUGCGACGGCAGAGAAACGCGUCAUCACCGUCAAUCCGUAUGGCGACGUAACAUACACUGUCACUGAGGCAGAGUCUGUCUGCAUCUUCAAUCUGUGUGCACUGGCGGAAAUUGGGAACACAAAAAGCAAUCUGAUAGCUAUGUGGGCCCUGUCGCCUAGUAUCUUUGACCUGGCCAGUAAACACUUCAGCCCCCUGGAUGAGGUGGUGUCCGAGGUGUACCCCGCCGUCCAGUACGCUCUCCUCAACACGCUGUACUCACACUGCUCCAGGCACGGUAACUUUGUGUCCAGUAGCAGUCUCAUCAUGCAGACCACGCGUCUAGACGGCUCGCUGAUGGCCAAUGUGAACCCCACCACCGCCAACAACUUCACCCAGAUCUUAAGACUACUGGCCGGGCUUCUGUCCCAGGGCCACGCCUCUUAUGACAGCAGAUGCCUGGGACUGAAGUGGAUAGCAGAUAUCAUCGGCAGCCUUCAGACCAAUCCACAGAUUUUCUAUUCGGAAGAGUUCACCAAUGUCAUAAGAUACAUUACCCAGUUAGGGCACAACAGUGACUUCCAAAUCUCCAUGUCUGUAUGCAGAUGUCUACAGGAUGUGUAUAAGAUCAACAGCAACUUGCCAAUCAACUUGAUACAGAGUGCGGUGAAGCUGAGUGUGUACAAGUUGUCAGACGUGAGACCAGAGGUUCGUGACGGCUACCUGAGUCUCCUCCGAGUCCUCCCAGCCAAUGUAACCACCAGGUUAUACAGCUUGCUACACUUGGGGGAGGACAAUGACCAGUCCAUCAGUGUCCAGGAGGGGGCGGAGGGAGUCACCGCCGCAUGGCUGGCCCGGCGAGCUCACAUCAACCGUAUUCCUAACGGAGAGUUCCAUGCUGUCAACUUCAGACAAAUCAUGGCUUACAUUCUACACGAUACUUCACCCAUCCAAUCAGGAAGCUGGAAUUGGUUGGAGGCCAUGUUUUACAGCUGUCAGGAUGCCACCCAUGACCACAAGAUGAUAGAGACAUUCAGGAUGUCUAAUUUUGUGGACAACAAUGAGGCCAUGCUGUGGUUCUGGGCCACCUGGGAGUCGGCCCAGUACUGUGUGCUGAACCGCCUCAGGACGCCGCUGGGGAAGCCCCAGGAAACCUUCACCUCCAUCGAGGGCGUGCUCAAGAUGUUCGCCAAAGAGUUGGACAAGCCUGCAGAGGAGAGAAACGACAUCAGUAAAACAGACCAGAAGAAAGGAGGAGCUAAGUCGAGUGAUUUGUCCAGCCACCUUCGAGUCCAUCUACUUCUUCAGUUCAUGGAACACUUGGAGAAACUCCUGUACAAUGCUUAUGAAGGCUGCGCUGUGUCCAUGCCUAUGUCCCCAAAGACGGUGCGGACCUUUUUCCGGACCAACAAGGGCACCUGCUUGGAGUGGCUGUCUCGAGUGCGCUCUUCUGUCAUCAAGAUAGCACUACACAGCGGUAUGCCGGCCAUGGCCAUCCGACAGUGUCACCAACUACUGCAGGAGAUGAAGGACAACAACACUCUACAGGGCUAUGAUUUUGAGCAGACUGUGUUGUUCCUGGUGAAGGCCCUGGUUGAGCUGAAGGAAGGAGACGCCAUCAUGGGAGUGUACAACUGGUGUAAGGAACAGACAGGGAAGAAGUUCCUGUGGAUUAAAGCUCUGGUGGAGAAAGCCACAGGAAAGUACGAGAGUGCUGCUAAAGAACUGAAGAAUGUGCUGAAGGUGAUGGUCUCCACAGACUCGGAGAAGGCCGACUCCCCCCGGGACGACCUGAGUAAGGUGGAAAUGAUCAUGCCCAAGAAGAUCACGGGGAUCCUGAGUAAACAGUCCCCCUUUCCCCCGCCGGACAGCAACAUCCCCGUGCUAAAGGUCCACUUUGUGGUCACAGAGAUAUUUGACUGUUAUGAGAAGCUGUAUGACUGGGAGUCAGUGAUGGAAUGGCAGGAGAAUGUGUUACAGUACCGACAGGAUUACAGCCAUUUACAGGCCGCCUUCAACUCCGAUAUAGACCUCAACUACAUCAGAGCCCUGUCAGCGUUUGAGGAUGGGGACUUUGAGGAGGUGAGGGAGAAACUUGAGUUGGUUCCAGGGGCUUCCCUAUCUGACCUCGGUGUCAACAACCACAACUACAGUCUGUGGAGCUGUAAGGAGAAACUGGACCUCAUCAACAAACAGUUCAUCAGGCUGGCUACAGCGUGUCAGGACCCCAAGUCUACAGCCAACAAGACUGACAUUUCCAAGUGUUUGAGCCAUGUUGAAAGCCUAGAAGAAAGUUUGCUGAGAGUAGCUUCCCUUGAAUGGCCUCUGUUAUCCAAUCAGGGAGCACUAACUCACCUGUGUACCACCACAGUUCUCCGAAAACAGACGGAGGACAAAAAGUCCAAGAUGAUUUUGUUGCCACUGAGUGAGGAUGACCGUAUGGAUGCUGAUGAACAUGACAUCACUUCCUUCCUUCACCUGCAGAGACUACUGGACAUACAGAAGCAAAGUGCAGCUUCUGAAAAAAUGCCAGGCCUAACCAGCCAGAUUUUGAAGAUUCAGCUGUCCACAGCUAGUUUGGCUAGGAAACAGAACAAUUACAAGCUCGCUGAGAGUGUGCUGCUCUCACAGAUUGAUAACCUGAUAAAACCCAACAUAGAGAACGGUAGAGUGGCUCCUGAGAACUUGCUGUCUGCCUUGUCCACUCUGCAGAGUAACAAGAAGGCGGUCAGUCAGCUGGAGGUACUGAGGGUGGAGCGGGAGGGGGCCAAACUCCUCCACAGCAUGGCACAACAGAAGGAGAGCAUAGACAUCCUGUCUAGCAGCAUUGUGGGUUUUAUCUGUGCAGACUUGAAGCAGGAGAAGAAGGACAAGGAGCUCCUGGAGAACUGUAGCCAGCUGUGUGGCAAGUCACUGCUGACCCUGGUCAAAUGGCUGCAGCUGGACUACAAGAACCUGUCCAGCAUUGUGACCCAGGGCGGCCAGCCCGAGGGGGAGGACAGUGUGCUGGCUGGAAACCUACAACUCCUGAUGGAGACAGAGGCCCGGGCAUCCGGGCAGGGCAUGGGGCUAGUGAUGGAGGAAAACAUUAUCAGUAUCGCAGACAGUGCAAUUGUUAAUGAGACAGACAGUCUGAUUGGACGACUUCUCAAUCUGAGUACUGUUGAAUGUCCCACCCUCAGCAAGGCAUGGUUCACCCUGGCUGGCUGGUGCUAUAAGUGGGGGCGCAAGUCUGUGGACAAUGCCAGUCAUGGUUCUGUUGAGCUUUUAAGUGAAGAAAUAGAGGCAGUGAAGAUAGCUUUGCCCAAGGGGACCAGUGUGGAGGAGACAGGGAAGGUGCUGAAUGUGCUGAGACAGAUCCACACAGUGGAUAACAGUGAGGAGGACAUCUGUGAACAGGAACAGGGACAAUAUGACGACGGAGCAGAGACAACCCGGCGACAGCUGUUGUCCUGUUGUCUGUCACUACAGAUCGCUAGCGAGGAGUGCAUCGAGAGUCUGCUGGUCAUCUGGAGGGGAAUCGUCCACCGCGUGUACCACUACUACCAACUGUCCGCCAAAGCCUACUUCACCUACCUACAGCUGAAUGGCAAGGUCAGUGGACUAAAGGCUAAAUCUGAAGAGAGCAAUGAGGAUGGUAAUGUCAUUGCCACACUACGACUCCUCAGGCUGUUAGUGAAACAUGCGUGGGAGUUGCGCAACAUUCUAGAGUCUGGAUUAGCUAGUACCCCAACCACUCCAUGGAAAGGAAUAAUUCCUCAGCUGUUUUCACGAUUAAGUCACCCCGAGUUGUACGUGAGACAGAGUAUCUCUGACCUACUAUGUCGCGUGGCCCAUGAUGCACCACACCUGAUUGUGUAUCCGGCGGUGGUGGGAUCCUCCACCAAAAUGGAGGACACAGACACCAAGCGAGAAGGAUUACUGAACCAGUACUUGACGAAGCAGAUGGAUGAGGAGGAAGAUGAAGACAAGUCACAGGAGGAAGACAGUGAAGAGGAGGAUGUUACCAACACGAUGCUACAGAACUGUCUGGCCUCCAUUGUGGAGGCUCUGUCCCACAACAACCCAGUCAUGAUUCGGGAGGUGAAGCAGCUUGUUCACGAGCUGCGCAGGAUCACGCUGCUCUGGGACGAACUCUGGCUGGGCACGCUCAAUCAGCAGCACAUCGACGUCAACAGGAAGUUACAGCAGCUGGAGGCGGAGGUCAAAAAGGUCAUGAACAAUGCCAGCCUGACCAAGGACGAGAAGAUGGCCAUUAUUAAGGAGAAACAUAGAACCAUCAUGAAGCCCACAUUGUACACUCUAGAGAGACUUCAGGAGAUCACAUCACAGGAAGUGGAAACUCCACAUGAGCAGUGGUUUCAGGAGAAUUAUGGGAAACUCAUCACCAUGGCAAUGGAUAGAUUGAGGAAUCCCACUAACCCUAAUCACCCAAGCAGCAGCUGGCAACCUUUCAAACAGCUCCACAGCAGUCUACAGUCGAGAGCUCAGAAGAGAAGCAGUCUGAUCCUGAAGAUGGACAAGAUCAGUCCUAAGCUGCAGUCUCUGAAGUCUACAGUUAUAGCAAUGCCUGGCCUGGGCAUGUCAGGAAAGGUUGUGACUGUUGAGUCAGUCUCCAAUACAGUACAAAUACUGCCCACAAAGACUAAGCCCAAGAAGCUGAUUUUGUUGGGGUCCGAUGGGAAAAGAUACCCAUACUUGUUCAAAGGACUGGAAGACUUGCAUUUAGAUGAGAGGAUCAUGCAGUUUUUGGGAAUUGUCAACAAUAUGUUUGUAAAUGACAACAGACAAGAGCAGCAGCUGUUCCGUGCCCGCCACUACUCAGUGACCCCCUUGGGGCCCCGAUCAGGGCUGAUUCAAUGGGUGGACGGUGCCACGCCCCUGUUUAGUCUGUACAAGAGAUGGCAGCAGAGGGAUGCUCUAGCCCAGUCCAUAAAGAAUCAGAGUACCAGCAGUGCUUCCUCCACCAACCAGGCGACCACCAUCCUACGGCCCAGUGAGAUCUUCUACAACCAGCUCACCCCCGCACUCAGAGAAAAGGGUAUAACAAACUUGGAGAACCGCAAGGAAUGGCCGCUGAGUGUGUUAAGGAGUGUGUUACAGGACCUGAUAGCUGAGACCCCAGGGGACCUACUGGCCAGAGAGCUGUGGUGCUCCAGCACGGGGUCCAAUGAGUGGUGGCAGAUCACCCAGAGCUACGCCCGCUCCACCGCCGUCAUGUCUAUGAUCGGCUACAUCAUCGGGUUGGGCGACCGACAUCUGGACAAUGUACUGGUGGAUCUAGCUACUGGAGAGGUUGUUCAUAUUGACUACAAUGUGUGCUUUGAGAAGGGGAAGGGAUUGAGGGUACCAGAAAAAGUUCCCUUCAGAUUGACCCAGAACAUUGAAACAGCACUGGGAGUAACAGGCAUUGAGGGAACGUUUCGAAUUUCUUGUGAGCAUGUGAUGAAGACCCUGAGGAAGGGUCGCGAGACACUCCUGACCCUGUUGGAGGCAUUUGUGUACGACCCCCUGGUAGACUGGACAACAGGAAAUGAGGGGGGAUAUGCAGGUGCAUUCUAUGGGGGUGGGGGGCUUUCUGUCCUUGGGGCAGGGGGAGAUAAUCGACAGACCAAGAGGGACAUGGAAAGGGAGAUCACUCUCAGCAUGUUUUCCAUCAGGAUGGCUGAAAUGAAAGUUCCUUGGAUUAAGAACAGAGAUGACCUAUUGAGGGCUCUGCCUAAACUGAGGGAGGAAGUCAGAAGAUGGUGCGAGGCAGAAGACAAGCACUCAGCCGCAGUGGGAAAUCAGGAGAGCAUGAAGGAAGUCAAGCGUGUGGUGAAAGAAGCAUUGAAUGACCCGGAACACUCACUGUUCUCAUUGCAUGAAAGGUAUGAAGAAUAUGCAGUGGUGAAGGCAAACAGAGAUUCUGUAUUUGAAGUCCUGGAGAAGACCAUUAAUGAAUUCAGUCAUUGGCAGAAACUCCACAAGCAUGUGGUAGAGAGUAUCCAGGGAGCUCCGUUCCAGAAGAUGUGUGCUGACGUGGCCACCCCCCUCAAUUUGGGAACCACCAGUUUUGGCCCAGUCACUGACUUCUUACAGGGCGCUGGCCAGAGUCAGAUUGUGUCUCAGUGUGAACAGUUGGAGGGGGAGAUGGUCGGUUACCUCCAGCUACAGCGGUCACACCUGCACCGGGCCAUGGACGUCCUGCACACCUAUGCCACCAUCAUCUCACAGUUUGGAACAAGUUUCGCUGAUCAAAACAGGACGGGGUAUUACCUAAUGUGGCUACAGGAAGUUCUGUGUGAUUUCACCUCAGAGAAAUGUGAAGACAUAGUGAGUCAGUUCCAUGAGUUGUAUGGUAGGCAGGGAUUCUCUACCACUAAAACCCAGCUUGUAUUGAACACAGAGGCCAGGAUACAGGGGAUUAUCACCGACGUCAACUCCCGCCUCAUCAAGUUGUUGGAGAGAAGAAGUCAGGAGAAUUCGGAGACGGAGUACCUGGAGCGCCAGAUCCUGGAACAGAACAAGACCGUACAGGCUUUUGUCAGAGAGAAUGGGAUGAGUGGUGUGUCCAGUCUGAUGGCCUGGGUCAUCUCUGCCCUUUGUGCACUCAACAAGCGCUACAACCAGAUGGAAGGAGCGGCUGCAGGUGCGGGGGACCGGCUGAUGGACCUGACGUCGCGGGACGGCGACUGGUUCCUGGACGAGCUGUGUAGUAUGAGCAGUAACGUGAUGCACUACAUCGACAUCCUGAAGGUCAACACCUCCGUACAGGACCUGGAGCACUUCAGCUCCCUCUAUCUGGCCUUGACCUCCACUCACAGCGUCUACACAGCUCUACAGGAUUUGAACUUGAACUUCCGGUCAAUCAUCCUGCCUGAGGCAGUGAAGGCGAUCCAGGCACAGAAUGCCAGCGUGUGCUCCGCCCUACAGGACCUGGAGAAGCUGUUCACAGACGCUGGGUAUUCCACGGAGACCAUCAUAGCACAGCUAGAGUCAUUGCACAGGAACGCCAUCAUGGGAUGUGAGAAUGAUAACUUGGAGAUGAUGGCAGUGGUCAAGAGAAUGCAGACUCAGUACCAGGAGAUCCUGGCUGGGUCAGGGGAGGGGGAUAUGUCCCCGGGGCAGAUGCUCCUGAUGGGGUUCAAUGGACUGUUCACCCGUCUGGAGGAUGAGUUUUCAGGGUUGAUGGAGGCCAUGGACUCACUAAAGGUGCCGGAGGUCUGGAGGAAAGUGGACGCAGUCAGGGAAGGAAAGGCCAUGCAGCUGUCCUCCUUCACCAGCAGUACCAGACAUUAUUUGUCCAGUCUGUUUUUCGUGAAACGCUUGCAGGCCAUGCAGACAUUUUUCCACAUGUGCACUCAGUAUGCUGCCAAUCUGCAAGGAAUUGAAGGUGGAAAUUGUUAUGACGAUGAGCAGUUGUCUAGACCAAUCAAGCGCUUCAUUGCAGAAUACGUUCGCAAACAGGUGAUAGGGUUCCCAUCUCAAGUCCUGGGCUACAUGCUGUGUGUGUUUAUUGAUGCUCUGGGAGUGAACGUGACAGCUGAGAUCGAAUUGAAAGACAUCGGGGCCGAGUCGAAGGUCCCCCUGGAGGACCUCAGGAAGAAGGCAGUGGAUGUAUGUCUGAGGAACAGCCAGUUCCAGCACAUGCACUUCACCCAGGCUAGCACCAUCGUAAGCGCGCUGGACUCGGUCUGGAGGAGGCACGAUCUAGCAAGGAGGUUGGACUCGAGUUUGGUGGUGAUGAAGAACUGCCUGCAUAGAUCUCAGCUACAGCUCGCUCGAGUUCAGUGGCUGCACGAGGACCUGUUUGUGACAGCUGGGCGACAACUCAGUCAGAUGGUGAUGCCCAACCGGGCCACAGUCAUGUCUGAGAUGAGGAAGAGCAUGCAGGCGUUGGCGUCCCAGGAGACGGGCCUGGUCAACUGUUACUCCCACUACAUCCAGCUGGAGAGCAGCAUCAUCCAGCGACUGAAGUGGGCGGCCGGGGCCAACCCCUCACUCAACCUGGUCCUGCAACAGUUCGAUGACGCUAGCAGCCUCAGGAAACUGCUGUAUGAGGAGGAGAGAAAGAAGGCUACCGAGGUGGUGAGUCUGUGUCAAGGAAUCCUCCACCUGGAGGCGUUGAGGACCAGGACCAGUGAGGCGUCCGCCUCAGAUACCAACUUCCUCAGCCUCAUCAACAAGUGCAGUGAAACUUGCAUGAUGAUGGAGUCCACAAAUAGCUCUGUUACAGAAACAGAAAUUCUGCUGAUGAAUACCAAAGGUGCUGGAGAGAGCCAGAGGAUUGACAGGAAGUGGUUGGAGGAAUGUCGCGCUGACAUACAGAGUCAGAUGGACAUGCUGCGUCAAGAGGCGGAGAAACUCCACAAAGACGUGGACACUGCACAGGAUGCCAUUAAAGAUGAAGUGACAGCCAUUAAGACAAUCCUGACCACCCACCAUAAGUUGAUGUCCGACAUUCGCACUAUUCUUAAGUCCAUGUCCAAGCUGGAAGAACAAGAUGAAGGGGAUUCCCCGGUCUUCAAUGGCAUCAGGGAAUACCUGUGUGUCUACAAGAACUUCUCCGAGAACCUGGCCAUGGUGCUGAAGCUCGUCCUGAUGGAGGACAUGACAAAGGAAGGCAUGACGGAGACGGACUCCAUGAUAGAAACGCUGCUAAUGCAGGUCCCUCAAAUUUUUGAUGAUUUGGUAAACCUUGCGCCUCCACUGAUAUCAGACGAGGAAGAAUCUACAGACACUCCCUCGGAGUCCAGCUUCGCUUCUGCCCUGAAGAAACCCCUGGAGUCCAAGGAGUUGUCUAGUCCAAUCAGGAAACCGCUCAACAAGGAGACGAGCCUGGGCAGUAGUCCUCACAUCAACCUGAUGGCUAAAAUAUCAAGCCAAAGUGGUAAGAAGUUGGACAAGGUUUCAAGAGAUCCAAGAACUGGAAAAGCCAUACAAGAGAGGAAUUCCUAUGCUGUCAGUGUAUGGAGAAGGGUGAAGAUGAAGCUGGAUGGUCGAGAUCCUGACCUCAACAAACGAUUCUCCGUCGCUGAACAAGUGGAGUUUGUUUUAAAAGAGGCCAGAAAUCUGGAUAAUCUAUCGGUCCUGUAUGAAGGUUGGACACCCUGGGUAUGAACUAGCCAAUAAAACCCGCAAGAUUCUUGCCGGCUAAAACUGCUCCAUAAUCCGACACACCUAUCUCACAGUGCUGCCACUGUGAUAAAGAGGCGUGGUCGUAUAGAGAGAGAGAAAGGAAGAUAGAAAGAAGGAACACCAUCAACAUAGAGAAGCUAAACAAAUAAAGACUCGGGGCCCGGCCAGAGGGUCUGCUAAAAUGAGUCUGUUCAGCUUUUCACAUGUGGGGGGUGGGUCAAGACAAUAGCACCAAAUUCUGUCGACCACAGAGACGCGUGCUGAGAAUUUUUUGUGGAAAGUUUGAUGCACAUUCUUCAAAGCAGUGCAACAUUUUUGCCUGAUUGAUGACUAGUUUUCGGAGCAUAUAUGUGUAACGUGUAUAUGCAUUUCAAAAUGAAUAUCGAUUACCAUUUGUUUUUAUUCAGCGGUUAUGCUCUGACGAUUUGCAGUGAUGACCUAGGUCAAAGUUAAUAUAUUGGAAAUGUUUUCUAACAUAUGAAGUGCCGAACACCGAGAGCCAGAAAUCGGCCUGCUUGUACAUUGUGUAUAUAAUUUUGUCUGGGUGAUCAAGUUUCCUUCAUUUUUGCAAAGUAGAGAUGCCAGAGUUUUUCAUUUGUUUUUUUUUCUCCUUAAAUUGUGUCGAGGAAAUCAAGAACUUUUAGAAAUGUAGGAAAUUUUGAUCACUCUUUUUUUUUUGGUCAGAAUUUUUUCGAUAAUUGUGGUCAUAUUGUGAAGGUCAGUGUCAUUACAUGCUGUCACGUGACGUUUUUUUUAUUUAACAAACAAAAUUCUUCAGCUGGGCAUUAUAUAUUGAAAUUCACUUGCUGAAAAUUUAAAAUAAUUAUGUUCAGUGUGAAAUUGUUCAAAUUAUUUUUUAGUAAUUCAUCAAUAGACAUUUUUUUUCAGUUAUUAUUAUUGAUAAGUUUGUUUUGAAUUACUUACUUUGUGACUUAGUUAUAUUUUUUGAUAAUAAAAAAAAAGUUUAAGCAUGCAUAUCUGUAUUCAAAUUUGUAGUAUAGCGUCAGAUGUAAUCACGUGUGAAAAAUUCCUAUUGUAAUCCUCAGUAAUGCUACCCAGGUAUAAUUGUUUAAUUAGAUGCCUAAAAUGUGCUCAGAAGUGAAAAUUGAUGUAAAUAAUUUUGUUUUCUGUAUAAGAUUUUUGAAUUUAUUCUUUCUUGAUUUCAAUAUAAAUUUCAAUAAAACGUUUUGGGUCUA